GGAGACUCGGGAAGGGGCGGUCGCCAUGAGUCUCUUUCGCCUUGCCCGUUUUGCGAAGCCGCUGCUGCUCGGUGGAGCAGUGGCCGUCCCGGCUCUUCGCCGCACUAUGUGUGCCUCCCCUGACGACUGGAGAUGUGCCAAUUCCAUCUAUGACUUCUCGGCUGAGGACAUUGAUGGGAAUUCAGUUUCCUUGGAAAAGUACAGGGGCAAAGUCUGCAUCAUCACCAACGUUGCCUCCAAGUGAGGCAAAACCGAAGUAAACUACACUCAGCUUGUUGACCUGCACGCGCAAUAUGCUGAGCAAGGUUUACGCAUACUAGGCUUUCCCUGCAACCAGUUUGGGAAACAGGAGCCCGGGACUAACUCCGAGAUCAAAGAAUUCGCUGCUGGCUACAACGUCAAGUUUGACAUGUUCAGCAAAGUGUGUGUCAAUGGGGACGAGGCCCACCCACUCUGGAAGUGGUUGAAAGACCAACCGAAAGGGAAGGGAACCCUGGGCAAUGCAAUAAAGUGGAACUUCACCAAGUUCCUCAUUGACAGGGAAGGGCAGGUUGUGAAACGCUACGGUCCCAUGGAUGAACCUCGGGUGAUCGAGAAGGACCUGCCCUGCUACCUCUAAUCCCUUUCCCAGCAUGCCGGCCAUGCGGCCUCCGGACACCUUUGCCCCCACUGGUCCCCGGCGCCUCCCCCCCGCGUUUAUGACGGUCUGCCUUCAAACCAGUCCUUGGUGAGGCAGACCCGAAAUUUGCGUGCACCCCUGCGGAAGGGAGGCCUCCUGGGCCUGUGGUGGCUCUGUGUGUCCGUGACCCCAUUCUACUUCAGUCCCUCUGGUUGCAAUAAACAGUUAUCGAAUGAA